GACUUCUGUGUGUCCUAUCCUGCACUCGUGGCCGGCAUGGACUCCCCGGAGUUCCAGGAGGCGGAACUGGCGAUCCAAUUUCUCCAGCCUGGGGAGCGUGCAGAGGCUGAAGGGUUCUCGGCACAACUCCGCGCCAAGCUCCUUCACUGGACGGGACCACGACGAAAGCCAUGGUUGCACUUUCUCUCGAUUUCGCGGACCACCUUCGACAACCUCUGGUGGAGUGAGCAUGACGAGAUGUGCAGCGAGGUCGAGGCACAGCGCCAGCAAUCGCUGGAUGGGCCUCUGCCGUGCCAGUUUGAUUGCGCCUCCUUGUAG